GUCUGUCUCUGCUGCAGCGGCAGUUGCGGUUUGACAGCUUCAACUAAACUCACGUCAACUUCACUUAGACUCUCAUUUAGUUCGUGUUUUUUAAAGUGUUGCCACUGGAACGAGUCCUACUCGGCGCUGACUCGGCAUCAACACUUGGAGCAGAAUGGGUCGGAAGGUGACUUUAGCGACCUGCUCCCUGGACCAGUGGGCUUUGGACUUCGAUGGAAACCUGCUCAGGAUCUUGCACAGUAUCAAACUUGCUAAAUCUCGAGGGGCCAAGUACCGACUGGGUCCGGAGCUGGACAUCUGCGGCUAUGGCUGUGCAGACCACUUCCACGAGUCGGACACCCAACUCCACUGCUUUGAAGUGUUGCAGAAGCUCCUGGAAUCUCCUGAGACUCAGGACAUCAUCUGCGAUGUGGGCAUGCCUGUCAUGCAUCACAACGUACGCUACAACUGUCGAGUCCUGUUCCUCAACAAGAAGAUUCUGCUGAUCAGGCCGAAGGUGGUGAUGGCCCAGUCAGGCAACUACAGGGAGAUGCGCUGGUUCUCACCGUGGAAAGAAAGGAGAGUGGAUGAAUAUUUUCUACCUCGAAUGAUUCAGCAGGUGACCGGACAGGUGACAGUACCUUUUGGAGACUGUGUGUUGUCCACCAACGACACCUGCAUUGGCACUGAGAUGUGUGAGGAGCUGUGGAACUCUCACAGUCCUCACAUAUCGAUGUCCUUGGACGGCAUUGAAAUCUUCACUAAUUCGUCCGCCAGUCACCAUGCGCUGCGAAAAGCCGACGACAGAAUCAACCUGCUGAAGUCCGCCACCAUCAAGUGUGGCGGCAUUUACCUGUAUUCAAACCAGAGGGGCUGCGAUGGAGACCGCCUCUAUUACGACGGGUGUCCCAUGGUGGCCAUUAAUGGUGAAGUCGUGGCCCAGGGAGCUCAGUUCUCCUUGGAUGAUGUGGAGGUGGUAACAGCUACUCUUGACCUGGAGGAUGUCCGCAGCUACCGAGGGGCAAUGCAUCAUACAAGCCAGGAUUCAGAGCCUUACCACCGAGUCAGAGUGGACUUUGCUUUAAGCAGCCACGAUGACAUCAUCAUCCCAACGCAUGAGCCCAUCACGUGUCACCAUUACUCAGCCGAGGAAGAGAUCAGCCUGGGGCCGGCGUGCUGGCUGUGGGACUACCUGAGGAGGAGUGGGCAGGGAGGCUUCCUGCUGCCCCUCAGUGGAGGUGUGGAUAGCUCCUCCACCGCUUGCAUCGUCUACUCUAUGUGUGUCCUGGUCUGCCGUGCCGUUCAAGACGGGGACCAACAGGUCCUGAAGGACGUCCGCAGGAUAGUUGGGGAUGAGUCUUACUAUCCUCAGGAGCCGAACGAGCUGUGCGCUCACAUCUUCACUACGUGCUACAUGGCCAGUGAAAACAGCUCUGAAGAGACUCGGAAUCGAGCCAAAGACCUUGCAGCUCAAAUCGGCAGUUACCACCUGAACAUCAACAUUGACGCGGCAGUGACAGGAAUCCUGGGUAUAUUCUCCCUGGUGACAAAGAGCUCCCCCCGCUUCACUGUGAAUGGAGGCAGUCGCAGAGAGAACCUGGCACUGCAGAACCUACAGGCUCGGGUCAGGAUGGUCCUCGCCUACCUGUUUGCCCAGCUCAGUCUGUGGUCCAGGGGAAGACCCGGCGGCUUGUUGGUGCUGGGCUCUGCCAAUGUGGAUGAGAGUUUGACAGGCUACUUCACCAAGUAUGACUGCUCCAGUGCCGACAUCAACCCCAUAGGAGGCAUCAGCAAGACGGACCUGAAGAGCUUCCUGCAGUACUGUGUGGGGAGGUUCCAGCUCAGCGCGCUCUCAGGCAUUCUGGCGGCGCCCCCUACUGCAGAACUGGAGCCUCUGAAGGACGGACAGGUGGCUCAGACCGAUGAGGCGGACAUGGGCAUCACCUACUCGGAGCUGUCAGUGAUCGGCCGCCUGAGGAAGAUCUACAAGUGCGGCCCAUACUCCAUGUUCUGUAAACUCAUCCACCUGUGGAGGGAUGUGCUCUCAGUGGCAGAGGUGGGGCAGAAGGUGAAGCACUUCUUCAGGAUGUACUCUGUCAACCGUCACAAGAUGACCACGGUGACCCCGUCCUACCACGCCGAAAGCUACAGUCCUGAUGACAACCGCUUUGACCUGCGGCCCUUCCUCUACAACGCCUCCUGGAGUUGGCAGUUCCGAUCCAUCGACAGAGAGAUAUCUGGGAUUUCUGCGAGCAAACCAGAGCAGGAGGCGGCUUCCUGACCUUUCACUUAUGACGACCCCGGGACAAAUGCUCCUGCAACUUUCCUCCACAAACUCAGUACUUGAUUGUAAACUUUCCUCAGGUUCUUGUUACACGAUAUUCAUUAAAGUACAUUGAACAGUGAGUCAC